AUGCCUCACUCGACAAACCUGACCUUCCGUCCCGCAACUGUGGAUGACAUCGAUGUCAACGGCAUCCUCAAGCUAGUCCGGUCCGCAUACCGGGGCGACGAGAGCCGAGCGGGGUGGACCACCGAGGCCGACCUGCUAGACGACGAGCGCAUCGACGCGGCGGGGGUCCGCGCAAAGAUCGAGGCCCCCGACAGCACCAUCAUCCUGGCCCACGACGACGAGGGGAAACUGGUAUCGUGCUGUGAGGUUGUCAGCAAGGAGGGAGGCAAGCUGGGAUACUUCGGCCUCUUCUCCGUGGACCCGAGACGCCAGUCCGGAGGCAUCGGCAGCCGGCUGCUCGCCGAGGCGGAGGAUUAUGCGCGCAGGACGUUCGGGGCAACGCGCAUGGAGAUGACCGUUAUCUGGCUGCGAAGUGAUAUCAUUGCUUGGUACAUUCGCAAAGGAUACGUCAAGACGGAUGAGACCAGGCCCUUUCCAUUUCACGAAUUGAUCAACGGCAAGGCGUUGAGGGAUGAUUUGCAUUUUGUUGUCCUCGUCAAGGAUCUGUGA